GUGUGGGUGUGGUGGACCAGAUGCUUAGUCAGUAGUUUUGGUGAUUCUGCACGAGAAGGGUCAGAGUACUGGUUACUGACUUUCUAGCAGUUCCAGUGAGUGUAUGGGGGGUUGGCUGAGCUGGAGUGGGCCAAACAGCACUUUUGGUGGUUACACUGGUUUUGCAGGCUCCACACACCCGUCCCUGUGGGAUUUUAUUUCUAGGAACUUGAAGCAUGAUAGGACAGGCAGAGCGGCCCACCUGACCUUUUGUGAGGCAUGGUUCUACAAAACCAGAAGCUAUUUACAGUAGUAGUUUAAUUUGUCCCAUCUGUGGUUCGGGUGCCCAUUGAUAUGCAAAGUGGGCGGAGCUUCUGAGUACUCGUGCGAGAACACAAAGUAUACAAGUCAUGGAGAACAAUCCAGUGUACUGUCUCAGUGGGGAGUAACCACCUCUCAGGAGUAAGGUUUGCUAUGUGACACCGAAUCGAACAUGAAGGGGCGUCUGUAGGAUGCUGUUGCAGUUGAUGUUCUCUUAAUCGGAUACUAUAGUUCAGGUUUGAUAUGGUUCCAUUAACCAAAGUCUGUUUUGGUACAGCUGGCCCCAUAGUAAGAAUGAGAUCUGUGCAGUGGUCUGGGUAAUGGAAGUUUCACGAUGGGCCUUCAGAAGGAAUCUCACAAGGAAUCUGCCAAGUAGAGGGGCAGACAACUUCAGAAUUAAAAGCUGCUCAGUAACAUUUAUGGCUUAAUUUUUAUUUCUACAGUUCGCCGUGGACUGACUGCGUGCUCUAACAUGUUUGCUGAUGUCUGGGUCAAGACUGGGUGCAGAGGGUACAGAGAUGUGGAGUUUGUUUGUGAAGCUAAACACUGAAGUCAGAUCCUAUCAUGAUCCAGGCAUCUGCCCCUGUGAUGUACACUGACGUCCCGGCCGCCCUGUACCACGCUCCUCUGUGUUUGCUUUAGGGUGUGGUGCUUCUUUGCUGCUUGUGACCCUGUCAAGGCCCCCCAGCAGUGGGGUUAUCUCUAAGUAGCAGAGGGAGGGGGGUGUUGGCAGAGCCUGUGUGACAGGCAGGCUAACAUGACAGGAGAACAUGGUGUCCAGGGUGGGGAACCUACCCUAAACUUAAGCGCCAUAUGAAGGUGGAGUGUGGAAAGUGCGAGUAGACCUACCGGACAAAUACCCCUUCAAAUCUCCAUCUAUAGGAUUCAUGAAUAAAAUUUUUCAUCCCAACAUCGAUGAAGCGUCAGGGACCGUGUGUCUAGAUGUCAUUAACCAGACGUGGACAGCCCUUUACGAUCUAACCAAUAUCUUUGAGUCGUUCCUGCCUCAACUGUUGGCGUACCCCAACCCCAUUGACCCCCUGAAUGGGGAUGCUGCUGCCAUGUAUCUCCACCGACCAGAGGAGUACAAACAGAAAAUCAAAGAAUACAUCCAGAAAUAUGCAACAGAGGAGGCGCUGAAGGAGCAGGAGGAGGGUGCCGGGGACUCUUCGUCAGAGAGCUCCAUGUCAGAUUUUUCGGAGGAUGAGGCCCAGGAUAUGGAGUUGUAGUACCUUGCGGCUCCCUUAAACAACAGACUAUAUGAUUUCCUAACCCUGAGAAGCAGACUAUGAUAUUCAUAUUUAAACAAGGCAAUUUUUUUUUAUUACUAAAACAAGGAUUUUUAUGGAUAUAGCGUUGGUGUGUAUCUCACCCUGUAUGUGUUCCUCAUUUUCCCGGUCAUUUGUCCGCCCGAGGCGCAUUAGCGUUCCCACAUUCCGCUGCAUUAGCCUCGUAGCCUGACUGCAUGCGCCGCGCAGCCCUCCAGUCUACUUCGCUCACGUGCAGCCGAAAACUGUAGGACACGACGGAAAACCUCUCACGGCGAAGCUGCGGGUAAUGCUUGAGUGUGCUCCACCUCUCCGUGACCGAUGCGCCGAAAGCCUGGGGGGGGGGGGGACAGAAAUUUAGGAUGUCGCGGAUGGUUGUCACAUCGGGAAUGGGAUGUGAAGCUCCCUUCCGUUUAAUCUCCCCCCUUGAAACGUUUUUGUUUUGGUUUUUUUUUUUUGGUUCAAAUUGGAUACAUCCGUUAAACACUGUCUAGCAGGUUCCCUGCUUGGUAUUUCUUUGCACUUAGCACAUCUCUGCUGUAAAAGGCCAUUCUGGAUGGGAUCUCGUUGCUUCAGAAGUUGUUGGAAUAGAAAUCAUAAAAAUGGGAAAUGCGGCUUCAAGAACAAUUUUAAGUGGGUUUUUUUUUUUUGCCUUCGGAUCAGAUUUAAAGAUGCCAUAAUUCUUUUUACAUUUGGAUCCUGUGAGCCUUACCAGUCCCUUUGCAAAAAAGCAAACAUUUAAGAAGCGGCCAUUGUCCACUCCAAGGGAGAAUGAUUUCUGAACCCAUUUGGCUGGUAUGUUAAUCUGCUGACCGUCGAGCACCCCCCCCCCCCCCCCCCCCACCCCCCCCCCCCCCCCGUCUCUGAACAUCCUUUUGUACUUUGUGGCAUGAUACAGAAGUGAAGUUGUGUAGGGCUUUGAGCUAGUAUACUAUAAAAAGAUAAAGUCCAGCUUGAAUAUCUUCUGUUCGAAGGCUAGAGUAACGUAUGUAAAGCGUAGUGAAUUACUUGGCUACUCACUAGAUGGUGGUAAAUGCAGGGGAAUUUUCAGGUCUUUGUUACCGUGUUACACUUUAAUCAACUUGCCUAUCGCUUGUGCUAAACUAUAAUAGGUGUUUGACUUACGUAGGGAUAGUUAGUUUGCUGGGUGGUGAAUUCAAAUUUAAAAAUGUCUGGAUUUAUUACUUGUUUGGCUUGUUUGAACUAAUGUCCUGUCAAGGAAAAUAUAAGUAAUUUUGUUUAUUAAUUCUAUUCUGUGGUUUAAAAAAAGAUACCCAAAGAUGUUAACAUCCUUUCUUUUCCCUUUAUGCAAGUUCUGGAAACAUGUACAGGUCAGUGUUUGAUACCAUAUGGGGAUUUAGUUUUGUUUUAGACAAAACAUGACAUUACACCAUGGAAAGAGAGCUGCCAGGGGUGUCUCUGCUUAUACGAAGAAAUUAUAUGUCAAACCAGUAGAAUGCAAUCCAUGCCACAAUGGAAUAAAAGAUGAACUAUCUUUUUUUAUUUAGAUUUUUUUAAUUUUAAAUCCCCCAUCUGUUUCCCUCUCUAAGACUCCAAUAGGCUUGAACAAUAAUGGGAAUUAGAUGGUCCAAUUUGGUCUUGACUAGAAUCCAAACAUCCAAAUUGGGUCAGCCAGUUGAUGUAUGCCCAGUUAAGCUACUGGUUCUGGCCUGAAGCCUGGGAAACUAAGCAUGCUGGACUGACUGGUCUUUCAUGGCUUGUUCAACAUGCCUAUCAGUAGCAGGCUGCUUUGAGCUCUGGGUUGUCCAUCUUUAUUUUUCAGUGAAAAGAGUGGCUUUUUAUACCAAAACACAUUGUUCCAGUCCAGGUUCUGCAGUUCCUUCACGUACCAUAAGAGUAAAUUUGAAUUCUUCCAUCCCCCUCCCCCUUGUGUGGUUUUAUAAAUAUUUUUGCAGCAUUAUAUUACAGUUCAUAAGUAAGAAACAGGAAAAUGUGGUUCAUAAUUAGAAGGGACAUCUGUGGAAUGUUACACAGUUUAAGAAUGCUCUGUCCUGGCUCCUGUCCCUCAGAACGAGGGACACAAAAACGCCAUUUUUUAGGACCAUGUCGUUGUUUCUGUAGUAAACUUUUUGAGCAGUGCAUGGCAACAUUGUUACAUGACAAUCUGUGUAGGCCAUUAGCAACUGAACGUUAGCUCCCCCCCUUAAAAAAAGAGUAUAUAUUUGUUUGGUUUUUUUUAGCCCUAAAUUUAAGGUCUUAAAUGACAAAAAAAUAUCCAAGACUCUGAAAGAACCUUAAGUAUGCUUCCCUUGUAAAUUUAUUAAAUAAAUAAAAUUAUCUGAUUAUGUCUGUUGCAGGAUUAUUAUUUUUUUCUUCCUCCAAAAAUGAGUUCAGACCAUUGGCUGUCAAGUAUCCCUCCCCAGCUGUACUUAAACCUGAGUCAGUGUGGUGGGUGGAACAGGAAUGGUGGCCUUGCAUGUUAACCACUGUGGUUCCAAGACCCCAAUCCCCAAACCAGCACCAUACCCAUCAGUGCACAGGCCUCCCUCUUGACUGUGCCAGCCUGUUUCUGUUUUUUUUGGCGAGAGAGAGCAGUCGUCCGUCGAGGGUGCCGGAACGCUGAGGUUUCCUAGGGCCGGCCCACAUCUGUGGCCCUCUGCUCCCUUAUCAAUCUGCCCGCCAGUCUCAGUGCAAGUCUGUUAUGGGUCUGGGGGACGACCAUGGCAUGAACAGCCACCAGUCACGGCGACUCGCUUGACUCUCAUCAGGCAUUGGAAUUGUUCAUCUGUAAUGCGAUGUUUCCCAGUUCGGUCCUCGGGGACCUGCAGACAGUCCACAUUUUUGCUGGGAGCUGGGAGGGAGCAAAAAUGUGGUCUGCAGGUCCCCGAGGAGUGCAUUGGGAAUCUGAGGUAAUGACCACAGAACCCAUUUUUAGGUUUUUCUUGCAUUUUCUUUUUUUUUUUUAUUCGCUUUACUUUGAAUUGUGACGUAUGGGACAUGGUCAAAGCUGACAAAUGCCCCCAAAUAUGAUUAAGACCUUUGAAAUAGUUGUGUAUAAAUAAACUGUAAAAACUUUUUUUUAAUAAAAAGAGCAAUGUAUAUGGAUCUCA